AGCCCGCCGCCUGGCUCGGCGCGCGCAGCGCCCGCCGGGCAUCGGGCGCGGCGGGCGCGGCCCGAACCCGCCGCCGCUGUACGCGGCCCUGGGGCGCGGCUUGCGCUGCCCCAGGGGCCACGGGGUCGCGCCCGCGAGGAGCGACUUCCAAGCCCUCGCCGAUGGCUUCCAAGGCUUCCGCGCCGGAGAACGAAAACCUCCUCGCAGGUCUGUACGAGGCCAUCCGCGCCCUGGACAGAAGAGUCGUGGUCGGGAUUGCGGUCGCCUGCGGCUUCAUCUUAGUGGCCGUUUGCGCGUGCUGCAUCAAGGUGCUGACUAGAAAGCGACAAGGCGUCUAUGCGAGCGCGGAAAAGUCGUUAGAACAGGGUAGAAAAAAAGACGAAGAGGAGCGGGAGGAGAUCCUGGCAGACGUGUACGGGCGCUCCUCGCCGGGCGCGGAGGACGACCUCGGCGAGGACGAUGCCGCCUUGAAAAAGGCGUGGCAGGUCAUCGAGGGAGACCAGUCCUCCGAUGACGACAAUGUUCUUGUUCCUGCUAGAGAUGCAGAGGACUUCUUUGGCCCGGGCCCCGGAGAUGCCGAGGAGAUCUUCCUGAAGCAGCUGCGGGCAGGCGCGGCGCUGGCGUGCUCGCUCGUGCUCCUCGCGCCCCUGCCGGCGCUCACACCGUCGGCGGUGGAGGGCAAGGGAGGUGCACAGUCUGCACCACCUGUGUUCUCAGGUCAAGCUCCUGUUGCAUUGUUCGGAAUGGUUACGGGCAUCAUGGCUGUGUUGCCAAGUGCAUUGCGUGACAUUUCUGUAGCUGCCGUUGGCGUAAAUCUGUUGUGACGAGUUUGUGAGCCAUUGUUCGCAGACAAGGGAAACAUCACAGCAGCAUAAGUUGAUGUUUCGCUCCACGCCGCGCUUCGGAAUACCGAACUAGUGUAUAAAGUACCGAGACGAACAUGGCAAACAUCCAUUUCGCACGCCAUCUUUACAUCCUUCGGAUCUGUUUGUCUUCGUUUCGAGUCAUGGUUUGUUGGUUGGUUCAGUGGUGUAGCCCACCCCUGAGGUUUCCCAAAAAAUCUCCGGCAUGACAGGUGUGUCGAUUGUUGUUGAUAUUCACUUGUUCAGUGGUGUAUAGAGUCCAUGCGCGGAUCUUUUUUGCGAAGACUGCAAGCUACCCGACCAUUGUUUCAGUACGUUGUUAUAUUGGCGGUCUCUUUUGCAUGUUCUUCUUCAUUGUUCUUACCCUUUUCCGUGUGCCUUCACUUUUCAGGUGGCCAGGGGGGUGGGCCAACACAGCAGGCCGCCUCCGAUCUGAUCUGAGGUCGGCCGUGGUUGUCGACACGACAGCGCGGCCGAUCCCGUUGCCCUAUAGGUGCGCGCACGGUCUGCGCCAUCAUAACGGUCUUGUUUGUAACCGAGUGUCUAGCAUUUUGCAUGUCUCUUUUUCACCAGUACUCCCUCCCACGAUGAACUGGCCUGCCUUGACGCGUACGUAGAGCGCGCGGUAGAGUCCUGGCUGCUCAAUGCGCUGGAGGCUGACUGGCGCCGAGGUCAGCGUUGAAAGAUCUGUGUGUGGAUUCUCCGCACAUGGUGGGAACAGUCGGCCCGCUGACACGUGCCAGUGAUCAUAUUGCCAGUGAUGGCAUGACGCUGGUGCAAUGUCACUCGGUCAGACGUAA